GCGGACAGGAGGAAGUCUUCUCACAGCCACAUAUUUUUACGGUCGGUACGUCCUGAGCCGCCGCCGUCGUGUUUCUUACACCGGCCAUGAGGUGAAUGAGAAACACUCUCCAGAGGUUCUUGGCAGCGGAAAAAGCUGUCAGUGAUGUCCAGAUCUUAGACACAGACCAACCCUCCCUCCCAUCAUGGACUCCAAGAAGACAGGCGUGCUGCGGCAUCUCCGCCAGAAGAUGCUGCCACACCUCCGGCGAGGCAAGACGAGCCCGAACAAGUCGCACGUCCAUCACGAACACAUCCUGGACAAUCGGAUGAGCUCCUCCGUUCCCGACAUGAGAGACAUGAGGCAGGAAUAUGCUCACGUCUCCUCCAGGAGGCAGCUCCAACAGUACAACUCCCCCAGCUACAGCAGCCCCUCCUCACCAUUUGUAAAGUCCGCUAGAGGCCCGGGAGCAGGUGGGAGUGGCCUGAAGAUGGGAGCAGUUGGUGGAGAAGCUGAGACGAGUGAACACAGACUAAGUGUGCCUGUAGUCUGCACAGACUGGGCCUCCUCCCAGGAGUCACUCAACAGUGUUUGUGAAGAGGAGAAGAGCACCCCGGAGACAGACUACAGAUCUGCUGGGGGCAUGGAGCCCGAGGAGCUGGCCCUGCCGGAGGUGAUGACCGUCUACAGCCCAGACCUUCCCUCUGUGCAGGUGUCCCAGGACAGCUCACAGUGUGAGAUGGGCAACGAGACCCUGAGCGUGUCGGAGAACAGCUGGUCCCCUCCCAGGUCCUUCCUGCUCACCAUCAGCCUGAAGGAAGGACGCAACCUGGUCAUCAGAGACCGCUGUGGUACCAGCGAUCCUUAUGUGAAAUUCAAACUGGAAGGAAAAACGUUCUACAAAAGCAAAGUGGUUUAUAAGGACCUCAACCCCACAUGGAAUGAGACCUUCUCCCUGCCUUUGAAGGAUCUGAACCAGAAACUGUACAUUAAGGUAUACGACCGAGAUCUCACAACUGAUGACUUCAUGGGCUCCGCCAGUGUCACCCUGAGUGAUCUGGAGAUUGACAAAGUCAAUGAGCUGUGUUUGCCUUUGGACGACCCAAACAGCCUGGAGGAGGACAUGGGGGUGGUGCUGGUGGACAUGAGUCUGUCACACAGAGAUGGAGACAGCAAAAAAGGCAAUCGGUGGCCCCGAAAACGAAGUAUUAGGGCUGGAGGCUCAUCUCAGAGCUUUCGUCUGUCGGAGUCACUGAGGAAGAGUCAGCUGUGGACUUCUGUUGUGUCAGUGACGCUGGUCGAGGGUCAGGAGCUGCCGCUGGACACUCAGGGAGGUCAGCUCUUUGUUCGCUUCAGACUGGGAGAGCAGAGAUACAGAAGCAAGAAUCACUGCAAAGUGUCCAGACCUCAGUGGAGAGAGAGGUUCACUCUAAACCAGUUCAUGGACAGUCCAGACAUCCUGGAGGUGGAGCUCUGGUCCAAGGAAGGACGAAGGACUGAGGAGUGUUUGGGAACGUGUGACGUUGACCUGUCCAGGGUCCCUUUCAACCAGAGGCAGCUAUUCACACAGACCCUGGACCAAGGGAGAGGACGCUUGGUCUUCCUGCUUACACUGAACACAUGCAGCGGCGUCUCCGUCUCUGACCUCUGUGCUGCGCCUCUUGACGAACCUCACGAACAACAGAACCAGCUGGACAACUACAGUUUGAAAAGGUCCCUGAUAAACCUCCGUGAUGUUGGUUUCCUUCAAGUCAAAGUUUUGAAGGCUGCAGAUCUGAUGGCUGCUGAUUUAAAUGGCAAGAGUGAUCCCUUCUGUGUGCUGGAACUGGGGAAUGACAGACUGCAGACCCACACGGUCUACAAGAGCCUCCACCCAGAGUGGAAUAAAGUCUUCACACUCCCUGUCAAAGACAUUCAUGAUGUUCUGGUGGUGACUAUCUUUGAUGAGGAUGGAGACAAGGCGCCAGACUUCCUAGGAAAAGUUGCCAUUCCCCUGCUCUCGAUCCGCAGGGGACAGCAGAUCGCCUUCCCACUGAAGAAAGAGGACUUAGUUCGGCUGUCGAAGGGGAGCAUCACUCUGGAGCUGGAGGUUAUUUUUAACCCCGUCAGAGCAAGUAUAAGAACCUUCCAACCAAGGGAGAGAAGAUUCAUGGAGGAUAAUCCCAAAUUUUCCAAAAAGACUCUGGCCAGGAACGUGCUGCGUGUUCAGACAGUGUACAGGGCUAUCAUGUCGACUCUGCAGUACAUCAAAAGCUGCUUCCAGUGGGAGAGCGUUCAGAGGAGCCUGCUAGCCUUCCUGGUGUUUGUGGUGACAGUGUGGUACUGGGAGUUUUACAUGCUGCCCUUCUUCCUGGUCCUGCUCAUCUCGUGGAACUACCUCCAGAUCCGCUCCGGCCGUGUCAGUCAGGACUUGGACAAUAUGGAUUUGGGGGAUGAGGAUGAGGAUGAUGAGAAGGAGUCAGAGAGAAGAGGGCUGAUGGAGAAAAUCCACAUGGUCCAAGACACCAUCAUCACCCUUCAAAACCUGCUGGACGAGAUUGCCUGUUUCGGGGAGAGGAUUAAAAACACUUUCAACUGGUCGGUGCCGUUCCUGUCCAGCCUGGCUUUACUGAUCUUUGCCAUCGUAACAAUCAUUACAUACUACAUUCCUGUGCGCUACAUCGUUUUAAUAUGGGGUAUCAAUAAAUUCACCAAGAAAUUACGGAACCCGUACAGCAUUGACAACAAUGAAGUGCUUGAUUUCCUGACGAGGGUGCCUUCAGAUGUGCAGAAGGUGCAGUACAGUGAGAUGAAAGGCAGCAGGAAGAAGAAAACCUCGUAGAAUGUAGGACGGUCUGUAAACGGGACCUGAUGCUGCUGUUUGUGGACUUCCCGCCUAAAAACAGUUUCCUGAUGAUCAGCAGAAUCUCAGCUUUUGUCCGUUUUGGGAUGCGUGGUCGGUUUGAAUCGGCUGUGUCGAUACACAGCUCAGCACCAUGCAAUUCAACCCGCACCUAAAGACCGUUCAGCCAAAGAAGUCCAUACUGAGGACCCUGCAAAUACUACUUUACCACGUUUUUACAAUUUUUAAAAAAUAUAAUUUCCAAAGAUUGUAGGUGUUUUAUUGUAUGUACAGUUUAUUCUUUAAGAUAAUCAAUUAGAAGCUGCUUUAUUUUUUAUUCCUGGCCCCAGAUUCUGUCAGCUAAAAAAAUAUUUUUUAUUAUACCGAAUGUAGACAUAUGUUUGGUAUUUAUGUGUAUAUUUUUACAUAAUUGACAUUGACAGAUGUAAAGACUUUAAUUGAAAAAUGGAUUAUCCAUCAUUUGAAAAAAAUGGCUAACUUUAAAAAGUAUGAGUUGUCAUAAGGAGUUUUUGUAGAAAAUUGUUGUAUUUUUAUGUACAAGGUUUUUAAUAUAAAUGAUUAAUGUUUAUAUUACAAUUAAUGGAGCCUUUCAUAUGUCCAUAUACAGCAACAUAUCAAAAAAUCAAAGCAAAUAUAAUGCAUGAUAUCCCUUUGUUUCUUACAUUUAACUUUUAAAUGAUCAAGAGCUACAUGCAUAGAGUAUUGACUUAUUCCUUGUACGUCAAUAUGACCAUAUGGAUUCAUUUUUACAUACUAAGAUAAGUGCCUAAAUUUUAUAGAGGAUGCACUGUGCUAUAUGUUGUAUUUGAGUCUUUACUAAUGAGUGGAAGGGGGCCAGAUCUGUACUCAUAACUUUAUUUAUUAAUGACAAUCACAGAUGAAGACUUUGUGUCUCUCAUUUCUAUCAGAAAUAAAUGCACACAAUCUCAGUUA